CUGUGUGCUGGCUCCGUGACAGACAUUGAACAGAGCCAAGGCAGCAGGAGGGCGGGGUGCAGUGACCACGACCGGCGGCAAGUCGCACGUUUCAACGAAGGAACAGGAGAUCGAGGUGGCUUCUUCGUGCAGGUCGCGGACGGUGCGCUUGGCUGAACGAGUAUUGCCGGGCAUACAUGGCAUAUAUCUCCGCAGGGGCAGCCGGCCGUGACAAAGACUCCAAACAAUCAGCCGAAGGGGCAGCUGGCGGUGACAAAGAAUCCCAACUUUCAGCUAUGCUGUCUAGCCCCUCUGCCGGGGGCAUGCGAUUGGCAGGGAACUAUGCCCACCGUGGCUCUCCCGGUGUAGUUCGGCGGACAGCUAGUAGACCCAUCUCUAUCAUUCGCUCUACAUCAGUCCCAGCUCAGCUCCAAGAUAGAACGCAGGCCGGUGACCCGGAUCCGGAAGGGGGUAGCGGAGGCAACCCUGCAAAUAGGAGGGGCCUUCACACUCGCGACAGGAGUCUUCAGCACGAUUUCAAUAGCGGUGCGGCAGGAGGAGUUAAUGGGAUCGUCCAGUCCCUCCCUCCACCGCAGGCUCCCCUGCUGGCGGGGUCCCUCCCUCCGUCGCGUUUUUUGGAUGACUUGCCACCCCUCAGUCUUGGACCGCAGGCUGACAAUUCGUUUGACUCCGAUUGUGGCGCGCUAUCGACGUCGUUGAAGGCGAACCGCCUGUACGCCACGUCUUGUCCGGCAAACAUCGGAGCGCAUUUUGGCCGCCCGCCAGGAUCGAGACUCCAGUCCAUGUCUGUUCUCGCAGAGGGGUCGUUAGAUGAGGAGGAGGAAGAGGCGGCGGAGGAAGGGGCAGAGGCGUCGAAGAGGAUCACGGCCCUGUCCAUUCUAGAGUCUUUGUCGCAAACGCCCGCCGCUCCCGUGGACGGGUCGAGAGUGGACGCAGAAUCUGUAGAAUCGUUGACGAACAUCGUAGAUGAGCGACUGCCCAUCGAAGACGACGUGUUCGAGCUGGACGGACUCGAAGGGGUGAACGAGGAGCUGGAGGCUCUUUCUCUCUCCGAAGCAGGCAGCAGCAACAUGUCUUAGCUCGCUCGCUUUCCCCCAACGGCAUGGAGCCUGCCUUAGCAGGAUAAGGGCAGUCUCGGGACUCUGACACUCCGCUUCCCGUUACAUGUCGCAGCGUUGCUUACCAUCCUUGGGGCAACAACUGUACAUCAAAUCGAGCUCUAGAGCUGGCCAGGUCCGCGUUAGGGCGUCCCUAGCUGGCACAGCGCCCAAUGUCAUAGCUUGGCGCUGGAGCCCGACGUGUGGGUCUGGAUUGAUCGACUGUGUUGGUUUGGACAACGACUGAGCUACCCGUUACUUGGUGCUACAAGGGUAUUUUUGUGUUUACACACAGUAGGGUAGGACACGGUAAGUUUGGUGCAAGUGGUUGAAAGUUUGCGGUUCCUUUUCUUGGUCUUGUUUGUGUGCAUAGUUCCCAUUUGUUGCGCGACGAAGCGUAGGAUAGAGGGUGCUUGACAGAUGCGCAUUUCGUUUGGUUGUUGACAAGAUAGAUAAAUUACCAUGAAUUUGCAGGUAUCAAAAGAUGGUUGGUCUUGUACAAAAGGAGCACAGUCGUAGGUAGAUGCAGCUGUAGGCUGUGGUCGCAGCAGUUGUUGCCAUGAUAUGUAUAUGUGAAAGUGUUAUUUUUCAUGCGGGAGGAUGCAUGAAGAUGCAUGCACACAACCCCCUAAAUGGGGCGAUUGUUGCAACCCCCAGGCGUUAAUCUCGGAUGUUCUCAAGUGCUUUCUCUGGAGUUUUGAAUAGAAUAUCAUGUUCGCUCGGAUGCGUAGCACGUUCCCCGAGAGUGUAUUCCUAGGGGCGCUGUAGUGAUACAAAUCCUUCCGUUGAGUCAUCGCAAGGAUACGGUACCACAGAAAUUAUCACCACCGAUCCUUGGCCUCCUUUACGGUGUCAGUUUCUGUUAUAAAACCGAGUGA